AUGCUAGCAUACAAUCGUCGUUAUUUGGAUAUUAUUACAAGGUGUCUCAAAGAAUGUUCAACUGCUGAAGAUGAAGAAAAAUUAUUACAUACAGUAAUCGAUGGAUAUCAUAGUGAAGAUGAUUUUUUAAGAAAUAUGUUGAAAUUAUAUGGUGCAUAUCGUACUGAAAUGCUCAUGGUGAUCAUUAUACUGAUAUUCGAAUUGAACCACACAAAUUAUUGA